UUGGAUUGGAUUGGAUUAUGAGCUAAAGUUGGAUUGAGAUGGAUUGGAUUAUGAGGAGAUGGAUUACAAUUGCAAGGUUGUUGCCUUCUUGCACUUAAAGUUCGAAUCCCCUCACUGUAGAUGAGAUUAAUUAUAAAAUAGAAUAAAAACUUUAUUUGUGUUUGACGCUGAAAUUGGAUUGGGUUAAGGUAAAGUUGGAUUUCAAAGAUCUCUCCUUUCACCCAAUUCGAAUUCCAAACCGGAGUUAAUUUUCCAAAAGAAACAAAGGUAACCUCGUAGGGAAGAGCGCCUGGCUUUGAGCACAGUGUGAUCAACAAAUAAAAGGGCAGAAGAUUCAAACUUUCUUCCGAACCAAACGCCACAAUAUUUCUUCGAAACUCCAAAUGGACGACAAUGACCCGUGGUUAGCCCCAGACAAGCUUCACCAUGUUCUCUUCUGCUUCUCUUUCACCCUCCUCUUCUCCACAUUAGCCGCUCGAACCCGGUAUCCGUUUCUACGUCGUCACUCUAUUCGGGUCGGAUCCAUUCUCUCUCUCUUAGCCGGCGCAGCCAAGGAGUUCGCUGACGAGCUCGGGUUCUUCAGGUCCGCCGGAGCCUCCGCUAAAGACGCCGCCGCCGAUAUCCUCGGCGUCCUGAUCGGUUCCAUUGUGUUAUAUUUGAUUAAGUACACGACACGACCCGAGAAUGAGACGGGUCGAAUCAAAGAGGUUUCGAUGGUCUGAUCGGGCUUUUGGGUCAGUAUGGUUAAUGGGGUUGUCUGGUUUUUGAGGAACAUUGGUGGGUUUGGGUUAGUCGGGGUGGUUGAAGAAGAGGAGCUUGUUUGGAUGGUAAGAGAGUGUGGGAAAAGGCAAGAAAGUGGAGAUUUUGAGUUUGGGAUUGGGAGAAAUUAAGAAGCUUCCACUCAAGUGAGGCAGAAGUUAGGAAAAAAAAAAGAGGCAUUUCGCAAUCAUUCAAGCAAUUGGUUAACUUUAGGUCUGAUGAUAAUGUUGAUCGGUCAUCUUCUGAAGCUCCUUGUUGAAGGCUUUUCAAUAUGGUCACCAUCUUCCUCGGGCAGCUUGACAGCUGUAUAGGUUCCCGCCCCAAAGAGUGCCCCGAGAAAUGGUGCAGUGAGGUAGACCCAUAUGGCUUUGUAGUUGUUUGCAGCUAUGGCUGGCCCUAAUGUUCUCACU